AAAAAAAAAAAAAAAAUCAGUUCCCCGCACUUCUGCAGAGCGUCACUUGACUUGUCGCGCCUCGCGUCGCUUCUUUCAGCAGGUGGGUUUUCACUCGUGGGGCAGAGAGAAGUUUCCUGCGCUCGGGGCGGCCGAGGAGAGGCGCUGUCUGUGGUCCUGAACUCGCAUAUCUCACCCAGGAGUUGGCCUUGAAGACAACUUCAAAACGGGGCUGGAGUUGCAGCAGCGGUUGUCCCACCAGCAGCUCCUCCUCCUCAUAGGGCUGAAUAUGCCAACUCUGCACCGAGUUCAACAGCAAACGUUGCUUCUGUUGUUGUUCGUCGUCCACUUGAGCAGGCCAGUAUGUGUCGAUGUGGCGUCCGACACCGACGCAGUGCUGGGAGGCUCCAUGAAGCUGACAUGCAUCUCCUGUUUGAAGAGGGAGGAACUCAAACCAAACACAAGUGUGAAUUGGUAUUUCACGUCAAGUGAAAACACCACAUAUGACAGAAUUCAUAUUUUUGAAAUUAACAAAGGAGGCCUGGAUGGACCCUUUAGAGACCGUCUGGUCUGGAAUGGUAGCAAAGACCUGCAAGACGUCUCCCUUUUGAUCCUAAAUGUCUCAAAGAGCGACCGUGGUACUUAUGAGUGCCACGUUAAUCGCACUUUUGACUUUGGGGUCUAUACACCAUCGACACAGACAGUAAAGAACAUCACACUGACCGUGAAAGAAAAAGCCUCCAAUGACACCACCGCAAUCUACUCUGAGAUCAUGAUGUAUGUCCUGCUGGUGUUCUUGACCUUGUGGCUGCUGGUGGAAAUGGUCUACUGCUACAGGAAGAUCUCGAAGUCUGAUGAGCAAGCGCAGGACACGGCGACAAACUACCUAGCCGUUCCGUCUGAGCAGAAAGACAAUCCAGUCGCUCCAGUUACCGAAUAAAAGCGCUUUUCAGUGACACGAUAUUAACCACUCAGGAUGAUGGCACAGACAGCACAAUCCCGUCGGUGCCACCAUGAAGAGGUUUCUCUCAGACGGCGACGUGAAUCCCGCCAGCCAACCUUCCCUGUGUAUCCACUGUGUCUUAUAACAGAAAAGUGCUACAUAUAUAUUUUUUCCCCUUUCCCUCUUCUUUAUGAAAGCUCUGACAUCAAGUGCUUUUACUAAUGCAGUAGUUCAGAGGGUAAAACUGUCCUGCACCUAUUAUCCGAUCAAUAUAGCCAUACUGUAGACUAUAAGGACCUGCUGAUGCGUUGAUGUACCACCCAUUUCCAAACAGCUAGUGUUGUGAGUUUUGUACCUCGACAUUUAAUGCUUGACCUAAGGAGAGAGUCUGCUGUUUUAAAGGCUCUUAAACUUGCUCUGCCAUGUUUAUUUUUCUAACCUUUUUUAUAGACCUUGUUGUGAUUUUUCAGGUCACAGAGUUCUUUGUACUGGCCAGAAGUCUUUCUAUGACGGUCGAACUGAAAAGCUUUUACACUCGUACGUGUCUGUGUACUCUCUGCUUUCCGUUAAAUGCUUAUAAACAUGACAUUCUGUAAGAAAAAGACUGUCUAUUCAGCUGAAUUUUAUUUGAAGGUUUUUACUCGCCGCUGUAUAAAUCUUUAAUCCGCAUUCGGCUCUGAUGUCAGCGUAUGCUCAAGGUCAAGUGGUACUGCACUUAGUGCUCUUAAAUGUAUUCUUGAAGCUUUGACUGUUCCUGAGUGUUGCUAUCGAGACCCGGUGUGUGCCUCCUUCAACGAUACCAAACUGUAGAAACAUCUCUGACUUGAUUCCAUCAUGUUCGGCCAUUUUCGUUCUGUUGCAAAUACAAUAAUUCAUCUGUGAAUUUUACAUUUUUAACUUAAUAAAUAUACAUUCCACAGUGUGA